GCGCGUCCUCCACCAUACCACGAUACACUCCACUCCUACUCUUUUCUUUUCAAGUUUUUGAAUGCUCCGCUUGCUCUCGCCUCGUCUCCUCCUCGAUUCUCGUGUCGCUGCUGCUGCUGCUGCUGCUGUUGAGCAGAGCAAUCUCUCGCUCGUCUGCUUGGUGUUUGCUCGAUAUUGAGAUCGAAUAGGAAGUAGAGUUAGAGCGAGUGAAGUGAUUGCUCCUUUCAUUGAUGGCGAGCGAGCUACCUGUGGUUAGUUUCCAGCUUUUCUGAGCUGUACUGUUGGUGUGGGUGUGGUCAAUCCGUGAAAAAUCCCCAAAAUCCUGUAAAGUUUCAUCCCGAAUUCGUUCCAGAAAUCCAUCCAUUUCUUGGAUUUGAUCUUUGUGGAAUCGAAUCAUCAAUCCAAUCUCGUUGGGUCUUCACGGCUCCGAUUGGGGAUUUAGCGGAGGUGUGUGUUCGAGUGGUAGCAAUGGCGAGGUUGGUGGUGGUGAUUGUGGCGGUGGCCAUGGCGGCGUGGUGGGCGGUGGCGGCGGUGGAGGGGUUGGGGAUAAACUGGGGGACGCAGGCGACGCACCCGCUGCCGCCCAAGGCGGUGGUGCAGCUGCUCAAGGACAACGGGAUCGCCAAGGUGAAGCUGUUCGACACCGACUUCGCCGCCAUGAGCGCGCUCGCCGGGAGCGGCGUCGAGGUGAUGGUCGCCAUCCCCAACAAGGACCUCGCCACCAUGGCCAGCGACUACGGCAACGCCAAGGACUGGGUCAAGAAGAACGUCAAGCGCUUCGACUUCGACGGCGGCGUCACCAUCAAGUAUGUGGCCGUUGGCAAUGAGCCCUUCUUGAAAGCAUAUAAUGGUUCGUUCAUCAACAUCACAUUGCCGGCGCUGCAGAACGUCCAGAACGCGCUGAACGACGCCGGCAUUGGCGACCGGAUCAAGGCCACCGUCCCUCUCAACGCCGACGUGUACGAAUCCACGGUGCCGUCCGCCGGCCGCUUCCGCCCCGAGAUCGCCGGCCUGAUGACGGACAUCGUCAAGUUCCUGGCCAAGAACAACGCGCCCUUCACCGUCAACAUCUACCCCUUCCUCAGCCUGUACCUGGACGAACACUUCCCGAUCAACUUCGCCUUCUUCGACGGCGGCUCAACGCCGGUGAACGACGGCGGCAUCAUGUACACCAACGUGUUCGACGCCAACUUCGACACGCUGGUUGCCGCGCUCAAGGCCGUCGGGCACGGCGACAUGCCGAUCAUCGUCGGCGAGGUCGGGUGGCCGACGGACGGCGACAAGAACGCCAGGGUGGACCUCGCGCAGCGGUUCUACGCCGGGCUGCUCAAGCGGCUCGCCGCUAACGUCGGCACACCGGCGCGGCCGAACCAGUACAUCGAGAUGUACCUGUUCGGGCUGGUCGACGAGGACAUGAAGAGCGUCGCGCCGGGCAGCUUCGAGCGCCACUGGGGCGUCCUCCGGUACGACGGCCAGCCCAAGUUCGCCAUGGACCUCGCCGGGCAGGGCCGGAACACGAUGCUGGUGCCGGCCAAGGGCAUCGAGUACCUACCCAAGACGUGGUGCGUCAUCAACACCAAUGCCAAGGACGUGUCCAAGCUCGGCGACAACAUCAACUUCGCCUGCACGUACGCCGACUGCACGCCGCUCGGCUUCGGCUCGUCGUGCAACGGCAUGGACACCAAUGGCAACGCGUCCUACGCCUUCAACGCCUACUUCCAGGCGCAGAGCCAGAAGGAGGAGGCUUGCAAUUUCCAGGGCCUCGCCGUGCCCACCGAGACCGACCCCACCACCGCGCAAUGCAACUUCACAAUACAGAUCAAGUCGUCGGCGGCGGCGGCGGCGGCGGCGCCGGUGGCCGCCGGCGUGGUCGUGGCGGCGCUGGCACAGCUCCUGCUUCUGUGGUAGCAUUGAGAUCAGUGUGCAUUGUUGAUUUGUUGCAUUCUUUGGAGAUUUUACCCUUUGGAUUAGAAGCCUGUGAUGUGAUUCAGGUGCUUUUUAUUUGAAGAAAUAGAGGAGGUGGUUAAUUUGUUGUGUAAUUAGUUGAUUUGAGUACAGUUUAUCUGAUGACAUUAGCUUAAAUUGGUGCUUUGUUUUUUUUUUUGCUCAUAUCCGUCCAAUGUCCAAUGUCGAUUAUCUAAUAUUCAGAAAGUUCAUCUGACA